AUGAGACACCCCGCCCCCGCGACGGCCGUUGGGGCCCCGCCCCCGUGCUCGCGCAUGCGCUCCUGUCUUCCGGAGCAAACUGCCACAACAGACGCCGGGAGCAGUUGGAGGACGGCGGUCCACGUGCCCGAGAGCCCCGCCCCAGUGGGCGUGCGCAGGCGUGCAGGCGCGGGGCGCGCGGGCAUCUGUUCCAGAAGGUUUCUGCAGGAGAGGAGAGAAGUGAAGGGUCGGGCACGCUGCGGAACUUCUCAGGCGACGCUCCUCGCCGGGAACCUUCGUGACGCUCUCUUCUUAAAACCAGCUCUUCCCACGAUGCCUUUGGUGGCUAAUGGUGGCCGUGGACCCAGUGCCCCUGGGGCUUGCAACCUCACUGUCCAAGUCAGGUCACAAGGGAGUCCAGUGGAGGCCCCCCAGACUCAGACCUUUAUCGUUACUCAAGGCCCCCUCACAUGGAGUACUCCAGGGGCCCUCAGCGGGAGUGCUGCAUGUCCUGCAUCCGUAUUCUUAGCAACCCCUGUGAUGGAGACCAUUGUGACUGCUCCAGCUGUUGGAGUUACUCAGGCUGGCAAGGGAGGCUGGACCCCAGGCUUUCCUCCUCAAGCUCCACCACUAGCUGCCCAGCUGGCCCCUAUCAUUCGCCCAGUGAACUAUGGGCCUUGGCCACAUGGCACUUCCAGGCAGGGCAGCCUGGCCACCAACCAGUCCUAGGCCUCGCACGGUGACUGCUCUAACCCCCAGAGCGUGUACAGUAACUUCCGACGUUGGCAGUGCCUCAAACCACUGGCCUGGAGACACCUUCCCCAGAGUCCUGAUGCAGAAGCUCUUUCCUGCUUUCUCAUCCCAGUGCUUUGAUCCCUGGCCUGCUUGAAGCCCACCAUGACGCUGGAGGAGGCACUGUGCAGGGCUGUACAGGAAUGGCAGUGCAGAAGCAACUUUGACCGGAUGAUCUACUACGAGAUGGCGGAAAAGGUGGCCUGUGCCUCCGUCACCCCCCGGUUCAUGGAAUUUGAGGCCGAGGAUGAGAUGCAGAUUCAGAAGGGGCAGUGGAUGCAGUGUGCGCAGGACCUGCCUCCUCCAGCCCCACCGAAGCUGGAUCCUCGGGGGCCCCCAGCCCCGAAAGUGGGCCUUCAGCCAGGCACCCAGGUUCCCACUGGAGUUGAAGGCACAGCCUGUGUUCCCAGGAUGUCCAGCCCCAGGGCCCAGCCCUCCCGCCCAAAGCCACACAGGUCCCAGCGGCCCCCAGAGCCCAAGGCACCCAAGGAGAUUCCCCCUGAGGCUGUGAGGGAGUAUAUGGACAUCACAGAGGCGCUGGUGGGGCCCGUCCACUCAGCCACAGGCGAGUCAGAUGCAGAAGGUGUAGAGGACGGAAAUGAGCUGAAGCAGGAAGAGGAUGGCACCUACUCGGACCCGGGCCUCUUGAGCUACAUUGACAAGCUGUGUUCCCAGGAGGACUUUGUCACCAAGGUGGAGGCAGUCAUUCACCCUCGAUUCCUGGCAGAAUUGCUUUCCCCAGACCCACAGCUGGAUCUCUUGGACCUAGUGGAGGAGCUGGAGCAGGAGGAAGGGCUCACUCCCGAAGAACUGAUGCAGAAACAACUCCUGGCCUUGAAAGAGGAUGAGGGUGUGCGGGCAGCCCCGAGUCACAGUGCACCCGGAAUGGGCUCAAGUCCUUCUGAGUCCGACGCUGGCCAAGGUGCCCAGAGGCACGACCAAGACCCCCAUCUAGGGGUCAGUGAUGAAGCCUGCCCACCAGAGAUUGAUUCUGAGGCUCCUCAUAGGCUCAUCCAAAGAGACACUGGCCUGUGCAGGCCCAAAGAUUUUGUUUCCUCUCGAGGACGUCAGGAGGUCUCUCCAUCCCCUCCCCAGGGUCAAAGGCACGCUGGCCCUCUACGGGGACCCAGGGAUGCGUCUAUGCUCAGAGAGGCCUCUCCUGUUCGGGAGGCCCGAGGGCCCAGGGACGGGUCCGGUGAGGACGAGGAGGAGCUCCCCAGCCUGGCCUUCCUCUUCGGCUCUCUGCUGGUGGCCAGGCGACGGCGCUGGGAUGACCCUCCGCUCAUCCAGGGUUUCCUGUGUGGGUGGAGUGACCAGAGAGGAAAAGUCUUGGCCAUGGGGACAGGACUGUCUGCCUCGUCGUAG